AUGAGCGACAAACCCAGUGAAGAUUUAUCUACCGCUAUUUUAAAAUCCAAAACCAAGCCAAAUAGAUUGCUGGUUGAAGAUGCCGUCAUGGACGAUAAUUCCAUAGUCGUCAUGUCCGAAAACAAAAUAACUAAACUUACAUUAUUCCGUGGAGACACAGUCUUAUUAAAAGGAAAAAGACGUAAAGAAACAGUUUGCAUUGCCGUAACUGACGGCGCUUGCUCCGACGAGAAGAUCAAAAUGAACCGCACCAUCAGGAACAACCUCCGAGUCCGUACAAGCGAUACGGUAACUGUUCAUCCUUGUCCAAAAAUUAAAUACGGACAAAGAGUCCAUAUACUACCAAUUGAUGAUACCGUUGAAGGACUUACGGGUAAUUUAUUCGAAGUUUACCUCAAGCCUUACUUCCUAGAAGCCUACCGUCCAGUUCACAAGGGCGACACUUUCAUCGUCAGAGGAACAAUGAGACCAGUAGAGUUCAAAGUAAUUGAAACAGACCCAGGUCCGUUUUGCAUCGUCGCACCAGAAACAGUUAUUCACUGCGAAGGCGAGCCAGUUAAACGAGAAGAGGAAGAAGAGUCUUUGAACGCUGUAGGAUACGACGAUAUCGGCGGGAUGCGCAAGCAAUUAGCUUUAAUAAAAGAGAUGAUCGAAUUGCCCCUGCGUCACCCUUCAUUAUUCAAAACAAUCGGCGUUAAGCCUCCACGUGGAAUAUUGAUGUAUGGUCCACCAGGAACUGGAAAGACACUAAUUGCUCGCGCAGUCGCUAAUGAAAGUGGCGCUUUCUUCUUUUUGAUCAACGGACCGGAAAUUAUGAGCAAGAUGGCAGGAGAAUCUGAGAGCAAUUUGCGCAAAGCUUUUGAAGAAGCUGAAAAAAAUUCCCCAGCUAUUAUAUUUAUUGAUGAAAUAGACGCAAUUGCGCCAAAACGCGACAAAGCUCAGGGAGAAGUUGAGAAAAGAAUUGUGUCGCAAUUGCUGACUUUGAUGGACGGAAUGAAGAAAAGCGCACAUGUUAUUGUUAUGGCAGCAACGAAUCGUCCCAAUAGUAUCGACGGAGCUCUGCGCCGCUUCGGGCGCUUUGAUAGAGAAAUUGAUAUUGGAGUUCCUGAUGCAAUUGGUCGCUUAGAAAUUCUUCAAAUCCACACCAAAAAUAUGAAGCUUGCUGAUGACGUUGAGUUAGAACAAAUUGCCGCUGAAACUCAUGGCCAUGUUGGCGCUGAUUUGGCCUCACUGUGCUCUGAAGCUGCUCUUCAGCAAAUUAGAGAGAAAAUGGAUCUUAUUGAUCUGGAUGAUGAUCAUAUUGACGCUAAAGUUCUGGCAUCUUUGUCGGUAACAAUGGACAAUUUUAGAUUCGCUCUGGGCAAAAGUGCUCCAAGCGCGCUGCGAGAAACUUCUGUGGAGGUUCCUAAUGUCACUUGGGCGGACGUCGGAGGGCUGCAGAAUGUUAAGAGAGAGUUGCAGGAGCUUGUUCAGUACCCUGUUGAACGUCCUGAGAUGUUCUUGAAGUUCGGAAUGCAGCCUUCAAGAGGAGUCUUGUUCUAUGGACCACCUGGAUGUGGUAAAACUUUGUUAGCUAAGGCAAUUGCUAAUGAGUGCCAAGCUAACUUUAUUUCCAUCAAAGGACCGGAAUUGCUAACGAUGUGGUUUGGAGAAAGUGAAGCCAAUGUAAGAGAUAUUUUUGAUAAAGCUCGAAGUGCUGCUCCGUGUGUUCUUUUCUUUGAUGAGUUGGAUUCUGUCGCUGCUGCACGAGGCGGCUCUAAUGGAGACGCUGGUGGCGCUUCGGACCGAGUUAUUAAUCAGAUUCUCACGGAGAUGGAUGGAAUGGGUGCUAAGAAAAAUGUGUUUAUAAUUGGAGCGACUAACAGGCCGGAUAUCAUUGAUCCAGCGGUGCUCCGUCCGGGAAGACUGGACCAACUUAUUUACAUUCCACUUCCUGAUAAGCCUUCUAGGGAAGCUAUUCUUAAAGCGAACUUACGGAAAUCACCAGUGGCUGAGGAUGUGGAUUUGAGUUUUCUAGCUGAAGCUACUCGCGGCUUCUCUGGAGCAGAUUUGACUGAGAUUUGCCAACGAGCUUGCAAACUCGCGAUCAGAGAGAGUAUUGAGAUUGAUACUCGUAGAGAAAAAGAAUGCGAGGGGGCUAAAAUGGAGAUGGAGGAUUUAGAUGAUCCAGUUCCGGAAAUUACGAAGAAACAUUUUGAACAAGCGAUGAAAUUCGCUCGUCGUUCUGUUUCUGACGCGGAUAUAAGAAAGUAUGAAAGUUUCUCCAUUACUCUUCAACAGUCUCGUGGAAUUGGAUCUAAUUUCAGAUUCCCGCAAUCUGCGACUCAAGCUCCAGCUCAAGAACAACAGCAACAAGUUUUUUCUGAAGAGCCAGAUGAUCUUUAUGAUCAAAAUUAA